CACGAAAUCAAUAGUUUCAUGCCUCCUUCGGGUGCCAUUUGUCAUUCGGGGGCCGUUUUGGGAACCAUCGAGGGUUUAAGCUUAGCCUCGAGGCAGAGGUUGUGGAGGGUCUUUAUUUUUGUUGCAUUUUUGCUGCAUCAGACGUUUACUCUGAGUGGGAUUUUUCUUUUUCCAUGUGUUUUUGCCCCAAGGGAGUAUUGGAGCAAACAAGUUUUGAAGGCCAAUUUCCUCUUACAGUAUGGCUGGUUCGUUGGUGCUCCCUAAAUUUGAGCCAGACCGAGACCGACUGGUCUGGUACUUGGCAUAUGGAUCCAACCUCUCGUCGCAGACCUUUCGUGAGGAUCGACAGAUCACACCUCAAGCGGCUGUUGCUGUUGUGGUCCCCGGUUGGCGUUUAACCCUAUCGAGCGCGGGUUUUCCUUAUCGUGAGCCCUCAUUCGCGUCCAUCGCAGCUGUUGGCUCAGCAGGACCCACUGAUGAGAAACAUGAUGGACCGUGCGAGCUGCCCCUGCACGGGACGGCCUAUCUGAUCACUUGGAGCCAGUGGAUCAAGAUCAUCGCCUCUGAAGGGGGCGGGAUUGCUUACGAGGAGGCUCUGUUACGGGGACGGCCAAUCCAGCCACAGGAUCAACAGCGUUGGGGUGCAGAACUCUCUGUGUUGACUCUGGUCAGCACGAUGGAACGGUGGCCGGAGUCUCGACCGAGUAAGCGCUACAUGAGUCUCAUCCUUGACGGAGCCCGAGCUGCAGGUUUUCCGGCCAAUUACAUUGCCCAGAUUCGUCACAAACACCCCUGCUAUCAGCCUCCGGCUACGACGUGGGCACGCAUCGGUGUCACCCUCUUUCUGGGGUUCUGGACUCCGGUUCUAACGCUUCUCAGUCUCCUGACUCAUGCCGCUGCUCGUGCUGGGCCUGGUGAUGAUGGCCACGUGCCGGAAGGGGUGCGAGCUUUGGUGCGAUUUGCCAUGUUUACUAUGUGGUGGAUUCACGAUUUGAUCUGGUCGAGAAUUUGGGGUCGUGGUGACGGACUCUUUCCGGGCGGAAUGCAACUCAAUGGAUAAAUGUGGAGUUUUGCUCCUGGUAUAGCCGAGCAAGUCCAGACACAUCAUAGUUUAGCUGCAUGUUUAGUUUCUUUGGAAUGCGAGAGGAAAAGAAAAACAAU